CAAAAGAAUGCAGCCCUGGCACAAAAUUGCCAUCCCUGUUCGGCGCAAAUGAAGUUAACACACAAAAAACUCGCGUAAACCUCAAAUAAAACAAUUAAAAAUGUGCAAAAUCAGGCAAUAACUGGUGCCAGCAUCGGUACAAACCUAAUGCAGCGCAAUAAAGCCCCAAAAGUCGAUUCUUCCACAACAGAAGAAUGAAGUCGACACUGCAAUAAAAAGCAAUAGAUCUUUUUGAAGAACCCUAGGAACCCCUUGUGUCGUCCCAUAAAUGUUUUAAUUAUAAUAGGUAAACCAUCAUCAAGCGUGUUAUUCGAGCAUCAUCCAUUCAAUCAGAAUGAAUCCGGCCGAAAUGCGUAUGAUGUGGAUGAGCAGUCAGUAUAACUCGGAGCGCAUUACCUUGGAAGAUGCGGCCACUCUUCUGGGUCAUCCCACUGUUGGACUCUCUGUCAUGGAGGACAUCUCUGCACACCAGCCCACUUUGGAAAUGAAUCCGAUGAUGAGCCUGAUGGGUGGGGAUUUCACCGGUCAGGCGGCGGCGGCUGCAGCGGCGCUGGGCGUGCAGCCGGGCACCCUGAUAGCCACCAACUCAAAUAACCUCUACGGAUUCGCCCACAUGGGCAGCCUGCAGCAGCAGUUGCUUCAGCAGUCGGCGGCAGCGGCCGUCUUCCAAAACUAUGCCGAGGUAAUGGACGGCGAUGUAGACACCACCGGCAUGGUGGGCAUGGCCACGGACGCAGCAUCUUUGAUGGGCGUCGAUGUAGGCGUUGGCCAGAGCGUUGUGGACGACGAUGAUCAGGGCUAUGGCCAAUUGGACGAUGGCUACGACGAUGGCGGCUCGGGGCUGGAGCCCAAACAGGAGAUCAUCAACAUUGACGACUUUGUGAUGAUGAACGAAGACAACAAUUCGUACGAUGGCACCGACUUCAUGACCUCUUCGGACAAGGACAUCUCGCAGUCCUCCUCCUCCUGCAUGACCCAGCUGCCCGGCGGCUUAGGCGUCACAGGUGUUGAGCAUGAUCUUCUGGUUCCGCUGGCCGAUGGCCUGCUGCAUCACAAGCUCCUGGGCACAACCCUGGCCCCGGCAAUGACAACGCUCAAUGGCAAUGCUUUUGGCAACAUAAUGGUCAGCUCGGAAGCACCCAAACAAAUGCAUCGCAACACCUUCGGCCUGGCCAAGGGUGGCGGUGGCGGCAGCCCUGCAAGCACCACAUCAAAUAUUGCCAGCUGCAGCGCAGCUUCCACAUCCUCCGCCUCUGCCGCGCUGCGCGCCCAGCGCAAGACACGUAAGAUCGAGCCGGUAAACAGGCCAGGACUGGUGCUGAAGACACCCAUCGCCUACAAGGGCAACAUAGAUCCAUCGGUGAUCCCCAUUCAGAAAGAUGGCAUGGCUGUCUGUAAGCGCUGCGGAGCUAUUGGAGUAAAGCAUACAUUCUACACGAAAUCUCGACGCUUUUGCAGCAUGGCCUGUGCCCGAGGCGAGCUAUAUUCCUUGGUCCUCAAUAGCAAGAUGGAGGGCGGUUCUAUUAGUUCCCCGGUUCCCGGAACAGCGAAUUCUGAUGCCACCGAAGAGAUAUUAGCUGAUGACCAGCAGCAGCAGGUUCAGUCUGACAUUGAGCUGGAUUUGCAGGCGGCGCACAUCAAGAAUGCCAAUUAUAGAUUCCGUAUUACGGAUCAAUCGAAGAUAACCCAGUUAAAUAGCUUUGGUGAGCCCAUGUCUCUUGGCGGCGAUGCGGCUGCCAAUAAUGUACAAAUGGCGGCAGACGAAACGAUUGCUGCCUUGAACGGCGGCGCUGUGGGUGAUGCUGUUGCUCCAGGCGGCGCAGAGGAUGGAGAAGCGGCCACACCAAAUGCCUAUCAUCUGAAUGCAGCGCCAACGCCAAAGGCACUGCGACUCUUCAAGGACGUCUAUCCACAGGAUGAUCUACCGCAGAUACCCAAGUACGAACGUUUGCCGACACCCUGUCCACAAAUGGAGAAGAUAAUCAGCAUCCGGAGACGAAUGUACGAUCCCACACACUCCUACGAUUGGUUGCCUCGCCUCAGCAAGGAGAAUUUUAAUGCAGCGCCAGUGACCUGCUUUCCACACGCACCUGGAUGCGAAGUGUGGGAUAAUCUGGGCGUGGGCAUGAAGGUGGAGGUGGAGAACACAGAUUGCGAUAACAUCGAGGUGAUUCAACCCGGCCAAACGCCCACAUCGUUCUGGGUGGCCACCAUUCUCGAGAUAAAGGGCUAUAAGGCCCUUAUGAGCUACGAGGGCUUCGAUACCGACUCCCACGACUUCUGGGUGAACCUCUGCAACGCCGAGGUCCAUUCUGUGGGUUGGUGUGCGACCCGGGGCAAGCCACUCAUCCCGCCCCGUACCAUCGAGCACAAGUACAAGGACUGGAAGGACUUCCUGGUCGGUCGCCUAUCUGGUGCCCGCACGCUACCCUCCAACUUCUACAACAAGAUCAAUGACAGCCUGCAGUCGCGCUUCCGUCUAGGCCUGAAUCUCGAGUGUGUGGACAAAGACCGCAUCUCGCAAGUGCGGUUGGCCACCGUCACCAAGAUCGUGGGCAAACGUCUGUUCCUGCGCUACUUUGACUCGGACGAUGGCUUCUGGUGUCACGAGGACUCGCUUAUACACCCCGUGGGGUGGGCCACCACAGUGGGUCACAAUCUGGCGGCUCCGCAGGAUUAUCUGGAGCGGAUGUUGGCUGGUCGUGAGGCCAUGAUAGAGGUCCAUGAGGAUGACGCCACCAUCGAGCUGUUCAAGAUGAACUUCACCUUCGAUGAAUACUUUCUCGAUGGCAAGACCAGGCUUGUGGAAGGCAUGAAGAUUGAGGCCGUGGAUCCCCUUAAUCUCUCAUCUAUCUGCCCAGCCAGCGUAAUGGCGGUGCUAAAGUUCGGCUACAUGAUGAUACGCAUUGAUUCCUAUCAACCGGAUGCCUCUGGGUCGGAUUGGUUCUGCUAUCACGAGAAGAGUCCGUGCAUCUUUCCUGCCGGCUUCUGCACUGCCAACAACAUUGCGGUGACCCCACCGAAUGGCUACGACUCGCGAACGUUCACCUGGGAGGGUUACCUCCGCGACACGGGAGCUGUAGCCGCCGGUCAGCAUCUAUUCCAUAGGGUUGUACCUGACCAUGGCUUCGAGACGGGUAUGAGUCUGGAGUGUGCGGACCUGAUGGACCCUCGGCUCGUUUGCGUGGCAACGGUGGCACGGGUUGUGGGUCGCCUGCUCAAGGUACACUUCGACGGAUGGACGGACGAGUACGACCAAUGGCUGGACUGUGAGUCUGCCGACAUAUAUCCUGUGGGUUGGUGUGUUUUGGUAGGCCACAAGCUGGAAGGACCGCCGCGCGUGGCCCAACAGCAACCGCCAAAGCCGGCGCCCAAGCCCAAGGUACAGCGGAAGCGGAAGACUAAGAAAGCAACGGCCGUCGGGAAGACUCCGACUGACAACAACACGCCAACUGUUAAACCACGAACAAUCGCGCUGAAGACCACGCCGCACUUGCCUAAGCUGAGCAUCAAGCUGGAGCUGAAGCCAGAGCAUCACAAUGCUGCCUUCUACGAGAACAAUCAGCCCGAGGAGGAGGGCGAGGACGAAGAUGUUGAUGCUGAGGCCGAUGCUGAGGCUGAUGGCGAUGGCGACGGCAGCACUAGCCAUAUGUCUGAGCAGUCCACCACCCAGUCGUCAAGUGAUCAGAUUAUCGGAACAUCAGGCAGCGGAACCGGCAUCUCCUCUUCGAUGGUAAAUGCCACCGCCACGGGCAACAACAAAAUGGUAAAGAAAUCUUCCACUACUAAAUCACCGGCGCCACCAACUGUGGGCCGCAAAGCCACUAGUUACAUUGCGAACUCCUCUGCGUCGAAUAAUAAGUACAUUCCGCGUCUGGCCGACAUCGAUUCGAAUGAGGCGCAUUUGGAACUGAUGCCAGACUCGUGGAACGUGUACGAUGUGUCGCAGUUCUUGCGCGUCAAUGAUUGUACGGCCCACUGUGACACGUUCAGUCGGAACAAGAUCGAUGGGAAGCGACUGCUGCAGCUGACCAAGGACGACAUAAUGCCGCUGCUGGGCAUGAAGGUGGGCCCGGCUCUUAAAAUCUCUGACCUCAUCGCCCAACUGAAGUGCAAGGUUAAUCCAGGCAGGGCCAGAUCGCACAAGACCAACAAGUCGCCGUUUUUAUAGUGCGAGGACUUCUGGAACUGUUUUGAAACCGAAGCGAAACGAAAGUUAUCACCGACAGAAAUACACACAGCAUACACACAAUUUUAUAAUGCGUGUAGACUAGUGCUUAGCCAUAAGGGAUUUAUACAUAUAUAUAACCGAUAUAUAUAUGGAGAUACUGAAGUAUUUUGUUAGCACCGGAAAUCGAAACACAAUCGUUGCCUAGUAUGGAUUUAAGUAUCCAUAAUACAAUUGUAUAACUAACUCAAGUUUCACAGCGCGUUAUUUUACAUUUAUACAUAUACAUAUAUAAAUAUAUACUAUAUAUAUCGAUUAUAUAGUAUACCGAACGUAGUCCGUAGUCGUAUGAUCAUGUUAUAGCAGUCAGAGCUCUUUAUAUCAAGAUUUUUUUAAAAAUCCGAGUAUUUUUAUAAGAUAAAAUGCAUUCAACCAUAUAAUAAUAUGGGUCUGGAUAUAUAUAUAUAUGAUGAUAUAUGAUUGUAAAGCCUAAGUUUGUUAAUUGUACAUAAGUUCGGUCACUGAUUAUCACCACCGCGAAUAUCAUAUUUUAUACAGAACCAGAAACGCCAUUAAUCCAGGAAUCCAGGCAGCAUAAAUCUUAUACAUACACUUUUCAGUCUUAAGUCACAAGCGAUCGCAAGUCGCUUCUAGUUCUUAAGAUCAGUUUCACCAGCAGCAAGCGUUGCGCUCUCUCUUUUGAUUAUUUUGUUUUUUCUCUUCGGAAUCCCAUGCCUCUGCGAAGAGAUUAUUAUUGGUUUAAGGCAUACUUUUGAAGAUGGCAACACCUAAAUAAUAGAAUUAUGUAACUAGACUACACUAAGCUACCAGCUAUUGUCAAAUACUUAAUAAACCCGAAUUCAAAAUUGCAAAGUAUUGAAGAAA